GACAGUGAAACUCAAAUUCCUCGGAGACAAAGAAGAGGAAGAUGAGCUCAUGGAACUACGUUGUUACGGCUCACAAACCGACCAGUGUCACUCACUCGUGCGUUGGCAACUUCACAAGUCCUCAAGAGCUCAAUCUCAUUGUUGCGAAAUGUACCCGAAUUGAGAUCCAUUUGCUUACCCCGCAGGGACUUCAGCCUAUGCUGGAUGUUCCUAUAUAUGGAAGAAUCGCUACUCUGGAGUUGUUCCGGCCCCAUGGCGAAGCACAAGACUUUUUGUUCAUUGCAACUGAGAGAUACAAAUUCUGUGUUCUUCAAUGGGAUGCUGAGUCCUCUGAGCUUAUUACAAGAGCAAUGGGGGAUGUGUCUGAUCGCAUAGGCCGACCAACAGACAAUGGUCAGAUUGGGAUAAUUGAUCCAGAUUGUAGAUUAAUUGGACUCCAUCUGUAUGACGGCUUGUUCAAGGUUAUUCCAUUUGAUAAUAAGGGACAGCUCAAGGAAGCUUUUAAUAUCAGGCUUGAGGAAUUGCAGGUUCUGGAUAUCAAGUUUCUGUUUGGAUGUGCAAAGCCCACUAUUGCAGUACUAUAUCAGGACAACAAAGAUGCUCGUCAUGUCAAAACAUAUGAAGUCUCUCUAAAAGAUAAGGAUUUUGUCGAGGGUCCAUGGUCACAGAACAAUCUCGACAAUGGUGCUGACUUGCUGAUUCCUGUACCACCACCGCUCUGUGGUGUCCUUAUUAUUGGUGAAGAAACAAUUGUCUAUUGCAGUGCUAAUGCAUUCAAAGCAAUACCAAUUAGACCUUCCAUCACUAAAGCAUAUGGAAGAGUUGAUGUUGAUGGCUCUAGGUAUCUUCUUGGUGACCAUGCUGGACUGAUUCAUCUUCUUGUUAUAACGCACGAGAAAGAAAAGGUCACUGGCCUAAAAAUUGAGCUUUUGGGUGAAACAUCUAUUGCAUCGACUAUAUCGUACCUUGACAAUGCCGUUGUCUUUGUCGGCUCAAGCUAUGGCGAUUCACAGCUAGUAAAGUUGAAUCUACACCCUGAUGCAAAAGGCUCAUAUGUAGAAGUCUUGGAAAGGUAUAUCAACUUGGGGCCUAUUGUCGACUUUUGUGUUGUUGACCUCGAGAGACAGGGGCAAGGUCAGGUUGUAACUUGUUCCGGAGCAUUUAAGGAUGGUUCCCUCCGCGUAGUUCGCAAUGGAAUAGGAAUCAAUGAACAGGCGUCUGUGGAACUUCAAGGUAUCAAAGGAAUGUGGUCGUUGAAAUCUUCAAUUGAUGAAGCCUUCGAUACAUUCCUUGUUGUUAGCUUUAUCAGUGAAACUCGUAUAUUAGCCAUGAAUCUUGAGGAUGAACUGGAAGAAACAGAGAUUGAGGGCUUCUUGUCUCAAGUGCAGACGUUAUUUUGCCAUGAUGCUGUGUACAAUCAACUUGUACAGGUUACCUCAAACUCUGUUAGACUAGUCAGUUCUACAACUAGAGAAUUGCGGGACGAGUGGCAUGCCCCGGCUGGAUUCACUGUUAAUGUUGCAACUGCAAAUGCCAGCCAGGUUCUUUUGGCGACUGGAGGUGGACAUUUGGUGUAUCUAGAAAUUGGAGAUGGGAAAUUGACGGAAGUGCAACAUGCCCUUUUGGAGUACGAGGUUUCUUGUCUUGAUAUAAACCCUAUCGGUGACAAUCCUAAUUACAGUCAGCUAGCUUCGGUUGGGAUGUGGACAGAUAUAAGUGUGAGGAUCUUUUCGCUGCCAGAAUUGACUCUUAUUACAAAAGAGCAACUCGGAGGGGAAAUAAUUCCCCGAUCUGUUCUUCUUUGUGCAUUCGAAGGGAUAUCUUACUUGCUCUGUGCUCUUGGAGAUGGCCAUCUUUUGAACUUCCAGUUAGAUACAACUACCGGGCAGUUGAAAGACAGGAAAAAAGUAUCACUAGGGACUCAGCCUAUAACUCUGCGUACUUUUUCAUCAAAAAGCGCCACACAUGUCUUUGCUGCAUCAGAUAGACCAACCGUGAUCUAUAGCAGCAACAAGAAGCUGUUAUACAGCAAUGUCAAUCUUAAAGAAGUUAGUCAUAUGUGCCCUUUCAACUCUGCUGCUUUUCCCGACAGUUUAGCAAUUGCCAGGGAAGGUGAACUUACGAUCGGUACCAUUGAUGAUAUUCAGAAGCUUCACAUACGCACUAUUCCUCUUGGAGAGCAUGCUCGUCGAAUUUGCCAUCAGGAGCAGACACGUACAUUUGGUAUCUGCAGUUUGGGAAACCAGUCAAAUGCCGAAGAAUCUGAAAUGCACUUUGUCCGUCUUUUAGACGACCAGACCUUCGAGUUUAUGUCAACUUACCCCUUGGAUUCCUUUGAAUACGGUUGCUCCAUUCUGAGCUGCUCAUUCACCGACGAUAAAAAUGUCUAUUACUGCGUUGGAACCGCAUAUGUUUUACCGGAGGAAAAUGAACCAACUAAGGGAAGGAUAUUAGUAUUUAUAGUUGAAGAUGGGAGGUUGCAGUUAAUCGCGGAGAAAGAAACCAAAGGAGCUGUUUAUUCUCUCAAUGCCUUUAAUGGAAAACUUCUUGCUGCUAUUAAUCAGAAGAUUCAGUUGUACAAGUGGAUGCUGCGGGAUGAUGGCACUCGUGAACUGCAGUCUGAAUGCGGACAUCACGGACACAUUCUAGCUCUCUAUGUACAGACCCGUGGAGACUUUAUCGUUGUUGGUGAUCUCAUGAAAUCAAUCUCCUUAUUGUUAUACAAGCACGAGGAAGGUGCGAUAGAGGAGAGGGCUCGGGAUUACAAUGCAAAUUGGAUGUCAGCGGUUGAGAUACUCGAUGAUGAUAUUUACCUUGGUGCUGAGAACAAUUUCAAUCUGUUAACAGUGAAAAAGAACAGUGAAGGUGCUACUGAUGAAGAACGAGGACGGUUGGAGGUAGUUGGAGAGUAUCACCUUGGGGAAUUUGUGAACAGAUUCCGCCAUGGAUCUCUAGUAAUGAGGCUACCUGAUUCAGAGAUUGGUCAGAUCCCAACAGUCAUCUUUGGUACAGUCAAUGGAGUGAUAGGAGUAAUAGCUUCACUUCCUCAAGAACAAUAUACUUUCUUGGAGAAGUUGCAGUCCAGUCUGAGGAAAGUGAUUAAAGGAGUUGGCGGAUUAAGCCACGAGCAAUGGAGGUCGUUUAAUAACGAGAAAAGAACCGCGGAAGCGAGGAAUUUCUUGGAUGGUGACUUAAUCGAAUCGUUUCUGGAUCUGAGUAGGAACAAGAUGGAGGAUAUAUCGAAAUCCAUGAAUGUUCAAGUGGAAGAGUUGUGUAAGAGAGUUGAAGAACUCACUAGGCUUCACUGAAUCAAAUCAAUCGAUGCCAAUAGGCUUUGUUUUAUUUAUUUAUUUUAUGCUUUCUUGAGUUAAAAGUCUUCUUUUGGGUUUUGUUAUCAUCAGCUUUUGAAGUUUGAUUGAGUUGUUGUUUCUGUAAUAACUUGUGUUGGUUAAA